AUGGUUAGCUUCGAUGUGGUGUCGCUUUUCAUGAAGGUGCCAAUCAAGGACACUAUGGAUCUGCUAGGAGGAAACUUCACCAAAGAUGUCUUGAGGCUCUUUCACAAUGUCCUAACCACAUCCUACUUCAGCUUCGAUGGCCAGUUCUACGAACAGACUUACAGUGUAGCCAUGGGCUCUCCACUAUCUCCGGUCAUUGCUAACUUCUACAUGAAGGAUUCUGAGGAGAGGGCGCUUGACUUGGCUCCACACAAGCCCCUAUGUUGGUUUCGCUAUGUGGAUGACACCUUCGUCAUCUGGCCCCACAGACCUGACAAGCUGAGGGAUUUCCUGAACCACCUAAACAGUAUCCACCAAAGCAUUCAGUUCACCAUGGAAACCAAAAGUGAAGGCCACCUUCCCUUCCUCGGCAUAGAUAUUUACAGGUGA